AUGCAUGUUCAUAUCAAACCAGUUUCUCCAAAUGAGGAUUCUUCAGAUGAUGCUUCAGGCAAAUCCCAUAAACGUAAGAACAAGCAACCUGGUGGUGUGUACAGCCCACCAACAAUGGUACCUAUUCAUCGUGUGUCAAAUAAUGAAGACCGUAAAGGAAGCUCCGACAGAAUGAUGCAGAAAGACCCAGCUGACUGUAGUAAAACACCUGACAAGUUGUCAAGGAAACCUAAAGAAGAUGGAUGCCAGCCAAUUGUCAUUGAUUUGGAAGCCAGUGGUAGUUCUGGUCAUUCGCCUUAUCGAAGUGCUUCAUAUCGCUAUACGCCAAACAAGGAUCUGCCUCAUCUUAACAACAACAGCAACCCAGCCGUGACCUUAGCUGACAGCCACAUAUCUUCAUCAGCUACAUCACGUCAUGAGCAGGGAGGCCAUACCCAGUCAAAUAUCUCCCAUCACCAUCAACAACCACCUUAUACAAAUAUCCACGAACAAAUGAGGACUUUCCCCCAGGUCCUUGGACUGGCUCCCCAGGGAGUUGGCUUUGUUGGCUCCCCCCCUGCUCACCAUCAUCCCAUAACAGAAGCCCUGCCUACAGAAUCCCAGUCGGAGAACUACAAGUUGUAUUAUUCUCAAGAUCAUAAUGCGAUAAGUUCUUCCCCAAUGUCACCACUGCCCCCUGUUGGUAGUAUCACAUCUAAUGCUAUGCAGUCAAGCAGGCCACGGCUUAACAUCCCAAAUAGUGUCAAUGAAAACAUGUCUCAUCCGUUAAGCUUCACUCCAUUAAGACCUUAG